AUGAGCGAGUCAGAUGAAGCAGCUGCUGCUAAACGCACUACCCGAGCAGAGGCUCAGCGACGCCGGCGCCAAGAUCCUGAAGUGCGUGCCGCCGAAGCUGAAGCUAAACGGCGCCGUCGACAAGACCCUGAAGUGCGCGACGCCGAAGCCGAGGCUCAUCGCCGUCGCGAAGUGCGCAACGCCGAAGCAGAGGCUCAUCGCCGCCGCCGAGAGCAGGACCCGGAAGUGCGCGAAGCCGAAGCAGAGGCUCAUCGCCGCCGUCGAGAGCAGCCAGGAGUGAGCGCCGCCGAAGCGGAAGCCAGGAGCCGCUAUCGAGAGGACCCGGAAGUGCGCGAAGCCGAAGCAGAGGCUCAUCCAGCCCACCUCCCACAACUGAACGCGGUGAGUGAGAGACUCAUAUCUCCACGAAUUCCUUUCAUGCAACUGCGACGGCUGAUGCACAGUGGAGGUCAACACGGCAUUAAAGGACCAGUAGUAAACGUCUGUGUUGAUGUGGAUGACAUGGCGACAAUGUUGCCUCGUGCCAUCGAACAAGACCGAGCCCUCAAUGUACAUUUGAAGCGGCGUAUGCUUGCGAAGACGACGUACCUGGCAGGGGCAGUAAGGAAAUGUGAUCUGCUGCCGUGGCUUAAGCUGCUGUGUGAUAGCACGCUGUACAAGCAUUAUAAUAUCAAGUGCGAUUUUGCCCGUUUGGGGGAUAUCAUAGAAGUGGACGAACACGACGAGAUCGUGUUGCUCCCGCAGUGCUCAGACCUCAACGAUCCGAUCCAAGUGGCUGCAGCUAUGACUCUGGCUCAGCACACUCUCGUAUGGGACGAAGCCAAGUUUCUAGCCAUUGCGCCAGGUGAGGGAAAAAGGCCCGUGAGCAUCCUUUACGACGAACAUGCAGAGGAGCUCUCGUUCCCACAGAUCUAUCUCGGUGAGCCGCGCCGAGUAGAUGCCAGCGCAAAACCGACAGUCUUCACGCACGCCAUGAGUGAGGUCCGCAGGUCAGACCGUCGAGGGGCCACCCCGCAGCACGUGCUGUACAUGGCCAUGAAAGUGUUUAGGCACCGAGUAGCCGGUGACAUGUGUGUGGCCUUCCGUAACAUAAAAGCACUGGAAACGCUAACGAAACAACAGUUGUUCGACAAGGAUUUUGUGCAGCAAGCGGUCAAGCACGACAUGGCUUUCAUGCAUGGUACACCCAACACCGUGCAGUACUGGACAAAACGAAAGAAAGACCUCUUUGCUAUGAUACGGCAGUUGGGUGAGCCGACCGCGUUCCUCACUCUUUCUGCCUCAGAAAUGCACUGGCCCGACCUUGUGCAGUUGUUUCAACGCCUUCGGUUGAAGCCCGGCGAGAUCGAAGUACCACUGGAGCAAAUGAACAGCAUUUAUCGAGCUCAGCUAGUAAACGACGAUCCCGUGGUCUGUGCCAUAUACUUCGACCGAUUGGUGCGUGUAAUUCUCAACAUUCUCCGCAACACCCGUGUAUCGCCUUUUAGGCCGUACAUAGUCGUCGACUACUUUAAGCGGAUCGAAUUUCAGCACCGCGGGUCGGCACACGCGCACAUUCUCCUCUGGCUUCAUAACGCGCCCAACGAGGAGCUCUCGAUGCUCAUGCCCCAGACUCUCGAAAUGGGCAACGUUCUGCUUUCCAUCGACAACGGAUGCUUGAAGCGGGAGCGGACUCAGGUGCACCAACACACGCAUACCUGCUACAAGCACAACACGACCAGAUGCCGCUUUAACGCACCUUUUAUGCCCGUCGAUGAAUGUAUGGUCGUAAUGCCUUUCCCCACUGUAGACAAUGAAGCGCAGAAGAAGAAAAUCGAGAGCCUCCGAAACAAGUACGAGGCCAUGCAUCAGGCCCUGGAAACGACAAAUUAUGACUCCAUGGAACAGUUUUGGGAACAUCACGGUGUCGCGGACAAGGCGGAGUACAUUUCUGUUCUCCGAGCAGGCACUCCUUGUGCCACCAUCAUGCUACCCCGUUCUGUGCAGCAAAAGGGGAUGAUCCUCGACACGUACGCGUGUGCUGCCUACAUGGUGGAAUAUGUAAACAAGGCCAACCGAGGUAUGUCGAAUCUCAAUCGGGCAGUGCAAGAAAUUGUCAAGGAGAAGGGGGGCAUGGCCUAUUCUCAGGCACUGAGACAUCUAGGUGUGAAAAUGUUCAAUGCCAUUGAACUGUCCGCACAGGAAGCCGCAUGGUGUUUGCUCAACCAGGAUAUGUCGGAGGCGAGUCGCAAAGUUGUCUUCGUGAACUCUGCAUGGCCCCAGGCGAGGACGCGCAUUCGGAAGUCUAACGCUCAGAUGGCGCAGGAAGGCUUAGUAGAAUCAAGCACGGAUGUUUGGAAACGGACGAUGAUCGAGCGCUACGAAGACCGCGUUCCCGAAUUGGAAGCUGUUACUCUGGCAGAGUUCGCUACCGAGCACAACAUAUAUACCUGCAGAAAGAGGAAUCAGCGACGGAUACUUCGCUACCGCGGUUACUCCGUAGACGAUUCAGUCAACUUCAAGCGAGAACAUGUCCUGCUCUUCUAUCCAUUCCGCAAAGAAGUGGACAUAUUAGACCAAAACUGUUUCGAGCGUCUGUAUGAGCAAAACAUCGACGUCAUUCUACAGAACAAGGCACGGUACCACAGUGACGUAGACAUUGAGCAAAUUCGUGCCGUUUGUAAUUCCAUGCUCCAGUCAAAUGACGGGGAACAUUGUGCCACUUCUGAGCUCCCAGAUGUGAGACUGCACCCGAUGGCCAUGGAAAACGACGACUCCGAUCUCCUAGACAUCGGUACGGUCCAAUCCAAUGCCCCAUUUAAGCAGUGCCUCGCCGUGUGCACGCGCCAAGACGUCAUGAGCAGAGAUCAAUACCUGGACACAAUGCGGAAGACGAAUGAGGAGCAGUACGAGAUCGUCCGAGAAGUCGUACAUAGACUCACUUUACCGGACUCUCCGCCACUACAAAUCUUCUUCACGGGAGUGGCUGGGUGCGGGAAGACAUUUGUACUGCGUCUCAUCAUGGACGUCUACAACAGAUAUUGCAAUCCUGCUGGUUCAGAUGAUGUAAACGCCUAUGUUACCUGUGCUACAACUGGAAAGGCGGCGGUCGCGCUUGGUGGAAUAACUGUACAUGCAGCGUUCAGACUUACCAUCAAUAGGGAUGGCGGACUGCGGGACAACGAGUUGAACACGUUCCGCUAUGCGUUCAGGAACGUCAGGUGCGUGAUUAUCGAUGAGGUUAGCAUGAUGUCCGCCGACAUCCUUCAGAGAGUGGACUCGCGACUCCGCAUCAUCACUUGCAAAUACCUAGAGCCUUUCGGCGGGUUAGACAUCAUCCUCUGCGGAGACCUGUGCCAGCUUCCCCCCGUGCGGGCCGCCGAGGUUUUCAAGCGCGUCAAGACGAACAGUAUGUUUAACACGGAAAUCGCAUGGCACCAUUUGUCAUACUUCGUCCUCACGAAGGUCGUAAGGCAAAGCGAUCUCAGGUUUUCCACCAUACUUUCCAAAAUUGGAGACGGUGCAGAAUUGUAUUCCGAAAAAAUCGCAUUGAUCGAGAGUCGGUUCGUCACGCAGCAACAAGCAGAAACGGGUUGUCCCGGUGGCAUCCGCUUGUACUACUCCAACAAGGAAUCGGACUACUACAAUACAAACACGGCCAUUGCAACCGAAGAUAAUUCUGUGGCAUGUGCGGCACGAGACACAAUCGUUGGAUUUAGGUCUAUGCAGGAGAAGACAGAGGCAAUGCGCAAGGCCGAAACGCUGCCCAAGGCCGAACUCGGAAGCCUGCCAGCUAAUAUAAUGCUAUGCAUUGGAAAACCAUAUAUGCUCACACUCAAUGUCGAUGUUUCCGACGGUCUUGUCAAUGGGUCUGUUGGAAUACUGCAGUACAUACAAUACGACACGCUCCGAGAGCCGGAACGCAUCUGGCUGCAUUUCGAUCACAAGGCUUCCUUCAUAACAAUCAAGGACUGGGAUAGGAGCGCUAUUUAA